AAUAAACAAUUCAACGUCACAAUGAAAAAUCUCAAACAUUUUUAGAAAAAUUAAAUACCAAAUAAGUGGAAAAAGUGAAACAAAAUUUAUUAGUGAUCCAUUUAAGCAAAUAAAAAUAAAAAUAACGGUAAAAAUUGCAUUUCGUUACUCAGCAUCUAAAUUCAAAAGUUUGAAGAUUUUCGCCACGUCCACUAAACUUCAUAAACUAUGGAGGUUGCUAUUCCCAUCAACAACGAAUUGGACCAACGCAUCUCUGAUGCCUUUUGCAUUUUCGAUCAUCACGGCGAUAAGCGCAUCGAUAUACGGGAAGUGGGCACUGUUUUGCGCUUUCUUGGUUGCGUACCCACCGAGCAGGAGAUAAACGAGGUAAUAGCAGCUACCGAAAUGGAGGAAUCAGCCGGAGAUGUGCAUCUUUCCAAAUUUAUGCCGUAUGUGGCGCAAUUGUUAUCGGAAAGGAAAAUGGAACCAGCCUCGCCUGAAAAAAUUUUAGCGGCCUUUCAAGUCUUAGAUCCAGAGCAAAAAACCUACAUUACCAAAGAGUACAUGAGUAAAAUGAUGAUGGAGGAGGGCGAACCAUUCACGCAGGAGGAGCUCGAUGAAAUGCUUGCGGUGGCUAUUGACCCAAUCACCGGUAAUAUCCCAUACGAGUUCUAUAUCAAUCAGCUGAUGCAUGAACCGGCAAAUUCAAUUUACGAUCUUGCGGACAAGUUUGUGACCAUGAAACCAAAAGAUACAAAACGCUCCACAAGACGAACCGGAGAGGAAACAAGCCCGAUUUAGGAUUUUAUUUGAAUAACAAAAAUUAUGUGUUGUGUAUUUUUAAUAAAAUAUUCGAAAAUAUUUUAUAUUUUCAGGUUUAUCUGUAAAAAAUGAAGUAAGCUUUAAAUAAAUCGAAAUAUUUGGAGCAAAAGCUUAAGGCUAAGGAACAACUUUUUUCGCAUCAACACAGAAAUGAUAAACGUUUUUGACUACUACGAGUAUUUGACACAUACAUACAUACAAAUAUCUGGCAACAUAAGUGAGGGCCUCAGGGGUGUAAGUGAGAUGUUUUUACAAAUCAGCCAGCACUACCUAACCUACAUACAGAUAUGAAUUUUAUACCCAAA